AAUAUAACAGUCCGUGGAAAAUACGUAUGAGCAGAAUUAUAGAAAUUAUAGGUCAACACUAGAUAGCAAGCCCAGUGAUCAGAGUAAUUUGAUUCGUAGUAAAAACUGUAUACUCGUGUAUGGAGCACUUUGACGUGAGUCGAAGACAAAACAAAGUAAGUCUUAAGUCAAGAAAGUUUUUCCAAGUGGAAUAUCAGCAAUUUUCCCUCGGUGGUAAGUGGGUCGUAUUAACGUAAGCACUAGAGAUGGAACUGUAUCAAUUUAGUUCGCAAAAAGUUCGUGAUUUUGCCGAGGACAUUGACCACGCCUUUGCCCAGAGGUUCAGUGGAAGUAGCAAUAGGGACUGGGGUUUUAAGCUCUUUCGCCGACAAAUAAAGAAGUGGACUCUUCUUGAUGGCUUGAAUCAGGAAGUCUAUGAUGAAUUGAAUAGUAACCUAAAACACGAUAACGAAGAUAUUACCUGGACUGAAUUAGUGGAAGGUGUCCAAGACGCAGAAUGGGCAUUGUCCCUACGUUGUAGGCAAUCGCAUAGAUUUGGUUCACGGACUAGCCCUUACAAUGAAGGAAAGUUUCAAGUUGAUCAAGAUGGGAACGUCAUCGUCUACACCGAUGGGGCAUGUCUUAGAAAUGGCCAACCGGGUGCCCAAGCCGGUAUCGGCGUCUGGUUUGAUUACGACCAUCCGUUAAAUGUUAGUAAACCAUUAAAUCCCACAGAUCCUGCGACAAACAACGUAGCCGAAAUAAAAGCAGUAAUUGAAGCUUUAAAAAUAGUCAAAUUCUACGGUGUUGAGAAAUUGGCAAUUCACACCGAUUCCAUGUACUUAAUCAAUUCUAUUACAAACUGGAUUUUCUCAUGGUUGUCAAGCGACUGGCGUAAGAGAGAUGGCGAGCCGAUAAAGCACAAGAUUCAGUAUAGAGAAUUGCUGAGGAUGAUGGAAGACGUCGAUAUUGAAUGGGUCUACGUAAGGGGUCACGGGAACCACGCAGGUAAUAUCGAGGCUGACCAUUUGGCUCGGCAAGGGGCCCAACAAUAUUAGACGACGAUUUCCUUUCAAGUUAUCGCAAUAUGUGUUGUGGUUUUGUUAAUUUUCUCAUAUGUUAAUAAACUAUUAAUGUAGCGGCUUAAC